AUGUCGUCUUUUCGGGCGCAAGUUAUACACAGCGGCCAUUUUAUGACAUCGAAUUUGCACAAUGAUAUUAUUCCAGAUGAUGAUGAUGAAGAUAUUGAGGUGACUAUUUUGAUUUUGAUUUUGAUUUUUGGAAAACAAAAUUAAUUACAGGUUGAUGUUGUUGAAGAUGAUGAUAAAAUUGAAGAAGCUGGAUCUUCGCAUAAAAAGCAAAAAUUGGUGAGUUUUUUCUCUAAUCCUCUGAACUUUUUUUCUCUCUCACCCACCUUUCAAACCAAAAAAUCGAAUCUAUCAUCAAAUUUUUUCAUAUUUAGGAUGAAAAACCGGUUACAUUCUACAAAUUUGGUCCAACAAAAACCCAAUCGAUUGCCAUCGACAUUUCGCUGAACAAAUUGAACAAAUGUAUUCAGGUCGCCUAUAAGUGGGUUGAAAUUUCAGCUUUUUAAGUUUUAUUCAAAAAAAUAUGAACAUUUUACAGUAAAAUGACAACUCCAAAAUGGAAAGAUUUUAAAGGAUUGCGAUUGCAUUGGAAACAACGAAUUCGAUUGAAUAAUGUGAUUUGGAGAGCAUAUUAUAUUGAAUGUGAGUGAAAACUUCGAAAAAAUUUGAAUGAAAAUAUUUGUGAAGUACGGUAGACCGAACCAAAUGUGUGCAUUUUCGUGUAGCGGUGUUGGGUGUGUUUGCAGAAUUUGAUAAUUUUUUUUUGAAAAAAAAUCAAGAUUUCAAGUUUUUUUGUGAAGUCCGCAUUUUUAGAAGUUCUAACAUUUUUAUUUAAAACGAGCGUAUAAAUAUACGUAGGAUGGUAUAUUUGAACAAUUUUCGAAGGUCCCUACAAGUUUUUUUCACCGAUUUUCAAAUUCUCACAUCGCCCCAAAACCCAAGAAAAACUUUAUUUCACUUUUCUCACAUAGCUAUGUUAUUUCCUUGUGACGUAAAAGUCAACAGUUGUCCAGUUUAGUUUACUCAUAAUUUUUCCUCACAAUCUAUCGACUUACUUUUCCCCCAUUCGUUUCAAUUGUUUUUUUUGCAGUUAGAAAAAAUAAACCGGCCAAACCGACAAAACCAUUCUGCUAUUUCGCAGUUCCCGACGAUGACACAACUCAUCAAAAAAUCGAGGGAAGUGUGAUGGAAGGAAUGUAUUGGAAAAGACGAAUGGAAGCGGUUUGUGCACAAUAUAAACGUUGGCGAAUUCGAUCAAGAAAUUCGCAUUAUCCCGGAAUGAUUCAUAAUUGCUCAUCGAGUUCUGUUUCGAGUCUCGCUGGAGUUUCGAAUGGAAAUGGGCGAGGAAAAAAAAGAGGACAAACAAAGAUUGAUGUCAAAAUCGAACCGCCUGCUAAAUUAAUGCGAAGCAUGACUCCGAAACAUUGUGUUUCUAAUGAAUGGGCGCAAGAUUGGGAUUUUGAUGAUCUAAAUAAUGUAUUCACUGACGAACUUUUUGAUUCUCUCAGUCAACCUUACGCAUUUCCAAAUCCAAAAGAAACUUGGCCAACAUCAAAUGCAGAUAUCAUCCAACCAGGUCUAAUAUCCUUGCAACCAACAAUCGAAGAAAUCAUGGCAAAUCUCAAAGAUUUCCCCGAAUCACCCCCACUUCCCGAUCCGGCGAGAAGAAAACCAACGGCAGUUACCACGGCAUCUCAAGCACCACCACAACAGCCACAUAUAAUUUUGCCACCAGAAAGAAGAGCCGCUCAGCCGAGACCAUCGGCGCCAAUCCCAACAUCUGCACCAAAACAGGAUUAUUUGAAUGCAGCAAUGUUGGAUUAUAUGAUGCCAACGCGGCAAUCAUCAGCGAUAACUUCGCAAAUGUUGAUGUUGGGACAUACUGCUUCGGUUUCGACUGCUCCACCAUCUUAUGCAACAUCAUCGAAUUAUACAAACUCCACACAAUUUAUGCAAAAUCGAAAUGCUUCGAAUAGUAUGAAUCAACAUCCUAAUAUUAGUCAUAAUAAUCCAUAUCGAAAUCAUAUGAGUGGACAAUUUGUUGCAACUUUGCCGAGUCAACAACAACAAACAUCGAGACAUCCGAUUGCAACAACUUCCAAUGAUCAAUAUAUGCCACAAUUUUUGCAGCAAAGUCCACAGCAACAUAAUUCGAUUAUGAGCAAUGGUGAUCCGAUGGUAAGGGUUUUGGGGAAACAUCUUUUUGAAUAAUGAAUUUUAUCGAUAAAUGUGGAGACAAUGAUGUGGAACUCUUGAAGUCAUUUUUUGAAAAUCAAAUAAUUUUCUCACGUCCCCAUUAUUAUCACACCUCGCCAAGCCGUGGCUGGUCAGAGUACAAUUUUUAGAAGUCAAAAAUUGAAAAAUCACAAUUUUUAAAGGACAAAAACUGAAAAAUUCACAAUUUUUGUACUGUAAAAAAUAGCGUACAAUUUUUUAUUUCGGAAACCACGAUUUUGGCCGAGGUGUGAUUAUUAUUCUCGACAUAAAAUUGCAUAUUUUAAAGAUUUUUCCCACGUGGAUUUUUUUAGCGACCAAAGUUUAAAGUAAAUCUUUCUUCCAUAAAAUUAUAUAUUAUUUUUGCAGAUGGCACCAUCUCGAAGUUGGUGGAUGGAUUCUCCCCUAACCGCUUCUGUUCAAUCGCCUCUUUCAAUCGCAACACCUCUUCCAUUAGCCACUCUUGUAACUGCGCCACAAACACCACUUGGACAAUUAAUGGGUGGAGGAGCAGGGAAUAAUUCACCGCCACCAACAACAACAAAUAAUUAUCAUCAACAAUUGAAAAUUGGUGGAACUUUGACGCAGAGAUUAGAACAACCACCGAUUACAACAACUUCUUAUUCGAAUCCAAAUUCAAUCAAUAAUCGAAUUCGAACAAUCAGUGAAAAUGAAUGGAAUCGACCAACAAUUUUAUCGGAUUCGUCAGCUUUCGAAAGUCCAGGAAUUAUGAGACAAACAUCUUGUGAUCCAUCAAUGUUACAAAAACCAGAAGAAAAACCGAGUACGGUUUCGAAUGCUUCUGUUCCAGAAGCUGUUCCAAAAGAAGAGCCAACAUUAAUGAGUGCACCAGCAAGUGUUAAAUUAAUGAGAAGACAAGUUCCGGAUUCGACAUUGCAUCCGGAAGAAAGGAAAAGGAUUUUGCAUUUACAUGCUGAACAAAAUCGACGAAUGGCUUUGAAAGAUGGAUUUGAUCAAUUGAUGGAAAUUGUGAGUUUUUUUUAUUUUCAGGGAAAAUUGGAUAGUUCUCAGUUUCUGUAAAUCUAGAGUUUUUACUGUUUCAAAAAAUUAACAUAUUUUGAAGUACAAAUUUUAAACAAUUUUUGAAUGGAUUUUUUGUAUCAAAAAUUUUCUUGUGAAACAUCCUCUAAAAAUUCCGAAAAAAACCAUUUUCCAAAAUAUCUCUGUUUCCAGAAAUUUUACUGUUUCAAAAAAUCUAUAUUAAAAAAUUGGAAUUUUGUGAUUUUGAUUCUGCAUAUUCUCGUGUGAAAAAAUCCCAAUGUUUUGAAAAAUUUAUAUCACGGAAUAUCACAUCAUUUUAGUAUCCACUAUAAAAUUGAAAAUAUUUUUUCACUGUUUCAUUAAAUUUAUAGAUGAAAUUUGACAAUUUUUCAAAGAUAAAUAAACUUAUUCUGGUAUUUUUCUAGCUUCCCGAUCUUCGAUCUGGCGGUGUCAAACCAACAAAUGCAGUUGUUUUGGCAAAAGCCGCUGAACAUAUUCGAAAACUUCAACGAGAAAAAUGGGAAAAAGCGGAGAAAAUCGCGGAAGUGAAAGCAAAAAUCGAAAAAUUGAAUCAAAAAAUGGGAUCACUUCAAACAAAUCUACCGGCUUCAAGUUGUUCGGGUGCAACAAAUGGAAAUGGACAAAUUGAUACGAAAGCUGGAUUGGAAUCAUUUUUUGAACGAUAUUCGAAAGAGGAAUCGAAAAAAGAUUGGAGAUUUUGGGUGGUUAGUUUGAUUUUUCACAGUUCCCCCUACAAGAUUUUUUUUCAGUUAUCUCAAAUGCUUCAACCAAUUUGCACAACUCAACCAAAUUCAUUUGCCGCAAAAAUCGCUCCUGAAUCAGCUUCUCGUUCAGAUCUUGCCGCAAGUUGCUCCGAUUGGCUCCAUCAAAAUUGGAAAGUGACUGAAUUGCGACCACUUGCCAGUUCGCUAUUGGUAAGAGACUAAUCUAAAAAUUUCUCCCAAAUACAAAAUGUUUAUAGGUUCGACUUGCGACAACUUCAAAUAUCAUCACAGAUGGCGGAGCAUCGUUGCAAGAAUAUGUGGCGAAACAGCUCAAAAAUCCAUUUUAA